UUGGUCUCGAGACUGUUGUUGGAUUUGAAGACCGGCUGGCGAAUGAAUUGGAUCACAUCACCACUCCUAUCCCGUGCUAUUAGGGACGAGCGCAAUAAAAUAGCUAGACAGGUGUUAGGUAUGCGUAUCGGUAACUUGUUAUCGAGUAAUGGAGUAUCGAUACCAAUCGAAGUCGAUUCGAGUUUCAUCGCGUAUCCGAGAUUAGAAAUCGCAUCCCAAGAUAACAGAGGUUUCCGUCAGCCGAAAUGUGUUAAGUUAAGGGCUUAG